AUGCAAAGGUUAUUAAAAGUAUUGCAAUAUACCCAUUCCUACUUGCUGAAACACAAUUUAUUAUCCCGCGAUGAGGAUGUAGGGGUCGACCCUCACAUUAAACUCGUAGUUUUAUUGGUAUUCUUGACUAUGAUGUUGGAUAACAUGCUAUUGACAGUAGUAGUACCCAUUAUCCCUCCUAUAUUGUACAAAUAUGAGCAUGGAAAUUUGGAUUACUAUCAACAGCGAAAAACCACUAAUACUACCAUUCUACCAAUCUCAUUACCUGCUGUCAAAUAUGCUUCUUCAUAUGACCGCAAAUCUGUUCGAUUUUUAACUAUGAGCAACUCACGAUCAGCUCAAAGAUUCAAUGAUGGAAAAAGUUUAGUCAAUAAAAACAAACAAGGGAUUUUAAAAUUCAAACCACCUUCCAAUCAUGCUGAUUAUGAAUAUGAAGAAUAUUACAUAGAUUAUUUAGAAACAAUACUCGUUAAACCAGUCACACCUCACACUCAGACUAAUAUUUUGGUCACUACUAUAUCGAAAAAAUUAAACACAAUACGAACAUGGAUCGAUAUUUCUACUACGGUAGAAAAUCCGCUUCCAGAGGACAUAAUCAACGAAAACACAAGGGUAGGUAUGUUGUUUGCAUCCAAGGCUUUGGUACAAUUAUUUAUUAAUCCUCUCAUAGCACCCCUCAUAAAUAAAGUUGGUUAUGGUAUUCCGAUGUGUGCCGGAUAUGUAAUACUAUUCCUCUCUUCAAUUAUAUUUGCAUUUGGGAAAAGCUACGGAGUUUUACUGAUGGCUCGUGCCAUUCAUGGUAUAUCAUCGGCAUGCCUGAAUAUAUCAGGAUUAGCAUUAAUAGCCGAAAAGUUUCCAAAUGAUAUACAACGGAGUGUUUACAUGGGAAGAGCCAUGAGCGGAAUGGCUUUUGGAGUAUUUGUUGGCUACCCAUUCGGAAGUGUCAUAUACCAUUUCAUAGGAGACAGUGCGCCUUUUUGGAUCAUAUCUCUCAUUACUAUAUUAAUUGGAGGAGUUACCAUCUACAUCAUCAAACCUAUUGUUUCUCCGCAAGUCAUGACGAUGAAAACAGAUUAUAUCGAACUAUUUAAGGAUAAUUUUAUCUUAAUUGCCACCGGUGCAAUAUUUUGUUCAACUACAUCGAUAGCCGUCUUAGAACCCUCCCUUCCAAUUUGGCUAAUGAACAAAAUUCAUCCCGCCCCAUGGAAACUAGGAACCGUUUUUUUACCCGAUAGUUUUGGAUACUUGAUAGGAACAAAUUUUUUCGCUAAAUUCUCAUAUAAUGUUGGCAGAUGGAAAUGUGCGAUAUUUUCAAUGAUCACAAUAGCUAUCUGCUUAAUAUUGAUACCUUUUGCAAAUCAUCCAGCUCAUUUGGUUCUGCCACAUUUUGGAAUAGGAUUAGGCAUAGGAAUAAUUGAUUCAGCGCUAAUUCCAUAUUUGGGAUACAUAGUAGAUGUAAGACACUCGGGAAUGUAUGGAGCCGUUUUUUCUAUAAGUCAGAUGGCAUCGUGUUUAGCCUACGGAUUAGGUCCUUCUAUAGGUGGGGGAAUCGUCAAAUGGAUCGGCUUUAAAUGGCUGGUAUGGAGCAUCGCUAUAAUAAAUAUUUUUUACGUACCAUUAUUGUGGUUUCUAAAGAAUUCCCCAACUUCAAAAAACUCGAUCCUAUUGUUAGAAACCAUGAAUAAAAGUAACGGAGACAAAAAUUAUAUCAACGGAAUUUACAAUAAAUUGGAAGAAAGCGACUCUGAAAAGGAUUGGUCCGAUAUCAACAAUGUUAAUUUUAAAACAUAA